AAUUCCGCAACUUCUUAUAAAAACCCCCUAUCUUGACAUCCCAAAUUCCCUCAAACUCUCUCUGUCUCUCAUCACAAGAUGAGGAAUCUCACUUUAUCCUCUUUGCUUAUCCUUCUCCUUCUUCCUCUUGCAUCCUGUGAACGUCAGGUUUACAUCGUUUCUUUGCGACAACCCAGUGGAGAGAAAACGAUAAAAGAAAUUGAGGAUACCCAUCACUCAUUUUUAACCUCUGUGAAGAACACGGAAGAGGAAGCUCGGGCUUCUCUACUCUACAAUUACAAGAACAGCAUCAAUGGCUUCUCUGCAUUGCUUACUCCAGACGAAGCUGAAACCUUAUCCAGAAUGGAUGAAGUAGUGUCUGUCUCACCGAGCAUACCAAGAAGAUGGUCUCUUCAUACUACAAGGUCAUGGAAAUUUGCUGGUUUGGAAGAGGGUUUAGAGACACUAGACAAGAAUGGAGAUUUGCUGCGUGAAUCAAAAUAUGGGAAAGAUAUCAUUGUUGGGUUGUUGGAUUCCGGUAUAUGGCCAGAGUCAAAGAGCUUCAGUGAUGAAGGGUUGGGACCCAUACCAAAGAGAUGGAAAGGAAUCUGUCAAGUUGGAGAUGCUUUUAACUCUUCCCAUUGUAAUAGGAAACUGAUCGGUGCAAGGUACUAUCUGAAAGGGUAUGAACAAUACUACAACACAAAGCUCAACACCACGGCUGAAUUCCGAUCCCCUCGGGAUCACGACGGCCAUGGAACUCACACAUCAUCUACCGUCGGUGGCCGGAGAGUCCAUGGUGUCUCAGCCCUUGGUGGGUUUGCCCUAGGCACAGCCUCAGGUGGAGCUCCUCUUGCACGUCUAGCCAUGUACAAAGUAUGCUGGCCAAUCCCUGGCAAGCCCCUUAUAGGGGGAGAUACUUGCUUGGAUGAAGACAUGCUAGCGGCCAUCGACGACGCCAUUGGUGAUGGGGUCGACGUUCUUAGCAUCUCCAUUGGAUCAUCAGACAUUAAAAAUUACAUGGAGGAUUACAUUGCAAUCGGUGCAUUGCAUGCUAUCAAGCGUAAUAUCGUUGUAGCCUGCAGUGCAGGGAAUUCAGGUCCUGCACCAGCGACUGCGUCGAAUCUAUCACCUUGGAUCAUUACUGUAGCUGCUAGUAGUGUGGAUCGAGUCUUCACUUCUCCUAUUGUGUUAGGGAAUGGCAAGACAAUUAUGGGUCAAUCGGUGGCUCCGCACAAGUUGGAGAGGAAGAUGUACCCACUUGUUUAUGCCGGAGAUGUGGUAAUCCCCAGUGUUCCCAAGAAUCUUACCGGGCAAUGCCUCCCAGGUUCCUUAUCACCUGAGAAAACGAAAGGGAAAAUUGUAGUGUGCUUGAGAGGGAAUGGAACAAGGGUUGGGAAGGGAAUGGAGGUGCACAGAGCCGGAGGUGCAGGUAUCAUUGUAGGCAACAGCCCUAUGAACGGAGAUGAGAUAACCGUGGACUCCUAUUUUCUUCCUGGGGCUGCAGUUGUAUCACAUGAUGCCAUCACUAUAAUGAACUAUAUCAACUCUACCCAAAAUCCAACGGCAUUAAUCAUCCCAGCCACCACAAUCUUACAUGCCAAACCAGCACCAUUCAUGGCUGGUUUCUCCUCAGUAGGUCCAAACACUAUUGAACCCAAUAUUCUCAAGCCAGACAUCACUGCACCAGGUUUGAAUAUAUUGGCAGCAUGGAGUGAGGCAUCGUCUCCUUCAAAGUUGGAUUCGGAUCAUCGGAUCGUCAAGUACAAUAUUCUCUCUGGGACAUCCAUGUCAUGCCCUCAUGUUGCAGCCACCGCCGCUCUUCUCAAAGCUAUCUACCCAAAUUGGAGUAGUGCCGCUAUAAGAUCAGCUAUUAUGACCACAGCAACCACUAUGAACAAUAUGGGCAAGCCAUUGACUGAUGUUUCCGGCAAGAAAGCCAGCCCCUUCAGCUAUGGAGCAGGACACUUCAGGCCAACAAAAGCAGUAGAUCCUGGUCUUGUCUAUGAUGCCUCAUAUACUGAUUAUCUCCUAUUCCUAUGUAGCACUGGAGUCAAUAACUUCGAUCCUACCUUCAAGUGCCCAAAGGUCCCACCCUCACCGAGCAAUCUCAACCAUCCAUCCCUAGCAAUCUCGAAACUUAAGGGUCCCAUGACAGUGACAAGGACUGUUACCAAUGUUGGUGGCAGUAGGUGUUUGUAUGUUGUGACAGUAAGAUCACCACCAGAGAUUUCUGUUGAGAUUAAUCCGAUUGUCCUCUAUUUUAGCCAUGUUGGAGAGAAGCAGAACUUCACAAUAACUGUGAAACCGAAAGGGUUGGUGAAAAAGGGGAAGGAGUACAAGUUUGGGUGGUACACAUGGAAUGAUGGGAUCCAUAAAGUAAGAAGUCCCAUGGCAAUUUCUCUUGUAUAAUUUUCCCUACU